AGAUGGUUCCGUCUGCAUGUGCAACAAUCCAAUUCAGAUCACAGAUUCUCCAAGUCCCUUACACUAGUGUUGUAUUGUCGUCGCCCACUAUUCUUUGAUUUGUGCUACGGCCAGAAAGCGUAACUGCACCGACCUACAUCAGCCGUCAUGGAGCAACGAGUCCCAACUUAUACUUCGAGCCCAUAUCAGUACAUAGAGAACUAUGCGGAACCGUACGAUGCGCCAAUUCGCACUGCAAGCGAACCGAUAACCUGUCAACCACAUACUGGAUCGUUCGGCGAACGACCAUCUUUCCACAACUUUGACCGCGAUACAUUAGUCCAUCGAUCAACGGGCGCUCCAAUGGAAUUCAUGGAUCUAUUGGCACUUGAGGCACCUUGUGGCAGUCCACUGUCAACAAGCUCUACCAUAAGUCAUCCUGAGAGCGUGCCUUCACCUCCUUACACCCGCCUCCCAGCUUACAACACCCUCGAACCGGCUUUCCACAAUGUUCAAAACAAUUCAACUAACCAUGCGGCUAUUCCCAAUGAUUCUGAGUCUCUCUGGUCAACUACCUACCCUGAAGUUACAUCCUGGGAUUCACGACCUUAUGUUCUUCCCUAUCACGAGAUCCCCAGCUACGAACAGCGCUCCUACCAACUGAUGCCGAAUAUUUUGCCUGAACCAAACGUCUCAGCACCCAUACCCUACCUGCCAUACCCUACGCCACAGCAAGAUUUCUUGAAUCCAGCUGUGAGCUCUGGAGCUUUCGAUCUCACAGGCUUCAACAACAACGACGAUGAAAGCGAUGAUCUGAGUGAUUCCGAUAGCGAUGAUUCAUGGCAUACCGAACCCUCUGCAUCUAAAGGCUCGAAAAGCUGGUCGUCCAGAAAGGCUCAGCCCAGAUCCAAUGUCUACAGGCUUGAGGGAUGGUCCGCCAACACAUGUACCUUCCACACAACAAUCGAUCGCAGGCAUCAGUGCCAAGAAUUAAUUGGGCCUAAAAAAGACACGCCUUGCAAUAAGAGAUUCCAAAGACCAGAGCAUCUUCGCCGUCACAUCAGAAGUGUUCAUGGCAUUGGCAACGUCCGCGUAUACAAAUGCAAGGUUCCUGAUUGCUUUGCGCGCUUCCUAAGGAGUGACAACUUCCGCCAGCAUUAUCUCACACAUGUGAGGAUUGGGAAGAGAAAGGGCAACAAUAGGAAAAUGACAUACCAGGAACUCAAGGCAAUCCUUGGUCCCAAGGAAAAGGAUCUGAUCAGAUGGAUCAAGGGGAAGCAAAGGUAAACCUAAGCUGAGCCCCGGAUCGGUGUCGUCUGGUCUACGGCACUCAACCGCAUGUGGAUGUGACUCAUUUCGGUUUUGUCUUUCUGGUAUUUUGAAGUUACUGGCGUUGGGGAGGCAAGUGAUUAUCAUGCUUCGGCAUACUUUUGUGUCAUGUUUUUGCGCUCCUCCUCCUGUUGUUUAUAGAUUUUCUUGGUGUGCAAACUCCCUUAAACAAAAGCAAUGAAAAAUCAAAAAAUCC